AUGGCGUCACCACCCUUUCAACAGGACCUCAACAGUAUGGCGUCACCACUCCUUCAACAGGACCUCAACAGUAUGGCGUCACCACUCCUUCAACAGGACCUCAACAGUAUGGCGCCAACACCCUUUCAACAGGACCUCAACAGUAUGGCGUCACCACUCCUACAACUGGACCUCAACAGUAUGGCGCCACCACUCCUUUCAACAGGACCUCAACAGUAUGGCGUCACCACUCCUACAACUGGACCUCAACAGAAUGGCGCCAACAGUCCUUCAACUGGAUCUCAACUGUAUGACUUUCCCACUCCCUCAAGAGAACCUCAACAGUAUGACUUUGCCGGUCCCUCAAGAGGACCCCAACAACACGGCCUCCCCAACCUUUCAAGAGGACCCCAACAAUAUCUCUCGUCCAGCCCUUCGAACGGACCUGAGGAGCUUGGCUCACCUUCUCCCUUGAAAGGGCCUCAACAACAUGGCCUCCCCAUGGCGUCGCGAGGACCUAAAAAGCAUGGCUCCCCCUCCCCAUCGAAAAGAUCUCAGAAGCAUGGCUCCCCCACCCCAUCGAAGGGACCUCAAAAACAAGGCUCCCCCACCCCAUCGAUGGGGCCUCAAAAACGUACCUUCCCCGUCCCGACGAAAGGACCUCAGAAGCGUAGCCCGCCCAGCUCCACGAAAGCGCCUAAAAAGCACGGGCCCCCCAGCUCUUCCAAAAGCUCCAAGAAGCACGGGACUCAGGGCACGACCGUCCUCCAGCCCGAUUACACGGCGACCACCCAGAUCUCGUCCGGCAACGAGUCCUCGUUCCUCCUGACCAACGAGCCGCCCGCGGGCCAGAACCGGCAGGCCCCGAGGAAGAAGGGGAAGAGCAGCCACGGCCGGGCCCUGCUCCGAAACCUGGUCCUCCCCGCGGAGGACAUCGAGAAGCUGUACCUGAUCGAGGAGUCCGCGAGGAAGCAGCGGAUGUCCACCACCACCACCGAGCCCCGGCGGCUGAAGAUCAAGAUCCGGCACCAGCAGACGACGGAGGAACCGGCGAAGGAGGAGGAAGCCGACGACGAGAAGGAGGUGGAGGAGGCGGUGGAAGCGGAGCAGGCGGCGGCCGCAGAGGAGGAACCGUCCAGCCAGUCGGACAUCCCCGUGCUGGAGAACCUGAUGAAGAACCUGAACCAGCAGUUCUCCAAGCGGGUCCCGACCAAGGAGGACAUCGUCAACAUCCAGGACGCCAUCUCGCGGCUGAACGCGGUCCUGUCGCAGUCGCAGUCGGCCCCCGAGAACACCAGCCGCCACGCCGGCCUGUCCCAGGCCCCCCGGCCCAGCACGUGGAAGGAGAGCGCGGAGCCGCGGACCCCGGCGCCCAGGCUGAGGCUGAGGCCUAAGCAGCAGCUGAGUCCGGAGCUGGAGCUGGAGCCAGUGCCGGAGCUAAUGCUGCCCAGCAAGGCCCCAAACGCCCUGGGAGGGGCCCACUUCCUCCCCCAGGCCAUCUUCUACAGCCCGGAGAAGCCCGGCAAAAAGGCGGAGCCGCGAGAGGAGCCGCUGGGGGUUACCACCUACAGGAGCCCCCUGAGGGCCGAACGGCCGCUGAGCGAGAGGAAAGGGGCCCGGGAGGACAAGAAGGCCUCGGGCCCCCGCCAGGAGCUGCACCUGAGCGCGCCCGACGUCUUCCCCAAGAUAGACCAGCUGGAGCAGCUGCUGAAGAAGGCCAAGGUCAGGUUCUCCAAGGGGAGCCCCACCCCCGGCGACAUGCUCCACUUGAAGACCGCCAUGAACCACUUGGACGCCAUCGUGCCGGGCGACAACAACCUGUCGCGGUCGAAGAGAGCCGCCCACCACCGCCCGCCGUCCGUGCCCGGCUCUUCGGUUUCGCACUUCAUCCUCCCGUCCGAUGCCCGCGGCCCAAGCCCGGGCCCCUCCGCCAAACGCCGCACGAAGCCCCUCCACGCCUUCCCGCCCAACGCCCGCGAGCACCACAAGCCUUCGUCCUCCUCCUCCUCCUCCAACGGGAAGGCCUCGGCCCACCCCGGACCCCGCCACGGGGCCCCCCUCAGCGGAAGGCUCCCCGACAGUGCCCGUCCGGCCCGCAGGGAUCCCGCCCCUUCCCCCAUCCCAAGCCCGAAGGGCGCAAAGAGGAAGCGCGCCGGCAAAAAGUCCAACGCUUCCGCCGGAGCGCCAUCGCCCGUCUCCCAUGGACAACCGUCGCCGUCCAAAAUGGCCCCGCCAGCCGCCGCCCAUCCCCGCCGCGAAAACUCCAAGGAGCACAUCAUCCGACGAGCAUCCAUGUUCUCCCCGGAGAAAGGCCACGCGCCGCCCAUUUCCAAGAGGUCGCUUCCGAACCGGCCUCCGGGGAAGGUUCUGCCCGAGCGUCGGGCGGCCCAGCGCCCUCGUCUCCCCACGGAGGGGCCCCGUCCGGUCCCCCUCGCCAACCCGAGGGACCGAGACAUUUACCGGCCUUCGAGCCCGGUUGUGUCGGGCAAGGCGGCUGCCCCCCCUCCCCGGAGAGCCCCCCAGGGGUCUUCAAAGAACGCAGCCCGGCAGGGGCUGUCGGGACCCCAGGGUCUGAGGCUGAAGUUCGCCGCCAGAGGGAACAGGGACUCGUUCCUGGAGAAGAGGCGGGAGAAGGCCCUCUCGCCGGGCACUCAAGAGUCCAGGUUGCAAGGUAUGAAUUCUCCAAAUGGCCCCCAAAAAGGCAGCGUUGCCAACCCUUCCCACCGCAUCCACGCGCCUUCCCCCGAGAAGACGUGGGAUUCGAACCCAUCGCGUGGUCUCAACGCGCCUUCCGGUAAGAACGUACGGUCGUCGAAGACUCUCCCGGGUCCCAAUCCGCCGACCCCGGAGAAAGUGUGGUCCUCGAAGGCUUCUUACCGGCACCCCCCGCCUUCCCUGAAGAGUACAAGGCCUACAGCUUCUCGCAGUUUCGAGUCACCUUCGUUUGAGAGCGCAAAGUCGUUGAGACUGUCCCAGAAGCUCCCUGUAGCGUCCCCCGAGAACAGGCGCUCAUCGAGCCCGAUCCGCAGGCGUGGACCGCCUUCCCCCGAUAAUGAGCCGCUUCCAAAAGCUUCCCCCAACCUCAACCCGCCUUCCCCGAAGAGGUCAAAGUCUUCAAGGCCUCCCCUUAGACUUCCACCUUCCCCCGAGGACCGGGAGUCCUCUGAACCUCCCCUUAAGCGCAACCCACGUCUUCCCGGGGACAGGAGAGCUUCGAACCCUUCCCACAACCUCAAGUUUACACCUCCCGGCAAAAGGCGGCCUACAGUCCAUCUUCCGACUUCCCGCGAGAAAGAGCAACUUUCAAACCCGCCUCUCCCCGAGAUCGUCUCCUCGUCCCCUUUGAACAGUUUCAAAAAGUCUUCCCGGGCGAACGGGAGAUCUUCAAACCGUCCCCCUAUUCUUAAACCAACCAACGCGAUUCGAAUCCCAUCCAUUGGUCCAAGUCUACCUGUCCUUGAGGACAGGAGGUCUUCAAAGCUGCCCGAUAGUCUUCAGAAAUCUUCCACUGGGAACAAGAAGUCCAAUAGUUUCAAUCCGUCUUCUGCUGAGAGAGAGUCGCCAAAUCCUUCCCAUUUUUCGACCCCAUCUUCCAUUGCGAUCACAAAGGCUACAAACCCUUUCGUUCGACUCAAACCGUUAUCCGCUGGGCACAGGAGGUCUUCACAGUUACCCCAUGGCCGUCGUCCAGUUUUCACUGGGACUAGAAGGUCUACAAAUCCUCCCCACGUUCUCCACGCAUCAUCCAAGUCUUCAAAGCCAUCCCAAGAUCCGACACCAUCUUCCAUAGGGACCAUGAAGUCUACAGGCCCUUCCCGUGGUCUCAGUCCGUCUUCCACCAGGCCAACGCAUAGUCCUCCAUCUUCCACUGGGAGUCAUCAGUCAUCGGUUGCGCCCCAAAGUCACAACCCACCUCCACCUGGGUCCUCAAACCCUUUGAAAGAUUCCACUGCAAAAGCCCCCCCGAAUACCGAGACUCCGCUACCCUCCGUCAUAAGGAUGUCGGCCGGCUCCAAGGAGAAGCCGUUAAAACUGCCCCACGCCACCCAUCAGCCUCCCCUUUGGAAAGGGAAGUUCUCGAAACUGUUCUACAACCUCGGGGACUCUGCGUCGGUGAGGAAGCGAUUCCACGGCCCCAACCCGUCGCCGCCGGUCAACGGGCUGGAGGCCACGCGCCGCGCCCUCCGCGAGCCCGGCCCCAAGCGGCAAGACCCGGAGACCCCUCAGGCCCCGACCCCGGCCCCCGAGCCGGAAGCCGCGAUGGCGAAGAGGCCUUCCAAUCCUUCGCCCGGCCCGCACCCGGCGAGCACCACCGCCACCGUCCUGCUGGUGGAACACUCGCCCGCGACCAAGACGCCGCGCGUCCACCACGUCCACGCCUUGAAGACCCCCAGGGACAGAACCUCGUUCUUCGGCCUCACCACCUCAACCGCCCCCGUGGUCGAGGUGUUUGUCGAGCCAUCGACCACCGCCACCACCACCAAGAUUCCGCUACUGGAGACGCCGACCACCACCCCUUCCGAAGACAUCGAGAUCAUUCUCCUCCCCACCAGCCCCGCCCCCACCCCCCCGAAGCAAGUCCCGCGCCUCCACCGCCAUUCCAGCACCACGCUGGCCACGGAAGCGCCGGAAGACCAAGACACCUCGGAGGUCACGUUCGUGGAGAUUCCCGAGACCGUGCCGGAGACGACCGAGGCGACUCUGGUCCCUGACCUUUCGCCGGAGACGGUCAGCCCCGCGCCCAGCGCCGCCGCCGGCGCGCCGCCGCCACCGCCGGACGAGGAAGAGGGCCCGGUCACACUCCCGACCAAGAUCGUCCCGCGAGUCCACCACCACAUCCACUCGCUCGUCACCCCGGCCAGUCGCCUCUCCUUCCUCCGCAUCACCACCCCCAAGACCAAGCAAGUCCUUCUCAACUACACCAGGACCUCGACCCUGACCCCGACCGCCACCUCCACCGCGGAGACCCCCACCGCCGGGACCUUCUCCUCCACCAAGAAACCGUCCAGAAAGAAAAACAAGCACAAGGGCAGCAAAAAGUCUUCGCCCGUGACGGCCACUCCGGAGGCCGCGGCCGAAUCGAGCACCAAGAAAUCGGAGCACCACAAGGCGGCCAGCGGCUCCGCCAAGCAAAAGUCCCACCGCAACAAGUCAACGUCCAAUGUGAAGUCCAAGAAGUCAUCCUGGGGCUCCCCCAAUCCCUCUCCGGCCCGCAACAUGGCCGAGAGGUCUUCGACUCCUUCGUCCAGUGACCCGUCCGCACGGCAAUCUUCGAAAGCCACCGCCCCCUCCGAGCGCAGCGCCCCGUCGAGCGAGGGAUCGCCGGCGCCUUCCGUCGCGCCCGCCACACGGCGUCCGCAGUCCCCUCCCAUGAACGAGCUGGUGAUCCAGGCGUCUUUCCCCUCGCAGAGCUCGCCCCUGACCAAGCGGCCAGUGCCGCGCCACCACUCCAGCCGCCCGAGACCCCCCCAGCCGGCCGCCGACCAGCCCAGCCCGACCGCCGCCGCCGCCACCGCCGAGCCCGAAGACGAGGACCUGGAGGAGCUCGAGGAGUUCGACGACCCCGCGCCCUCCGACGGCCCCAAUCAAGGCUUCCCUCAACUCCUCCAGGACGUGGCAGAACCGUCCCCCAUCGGAACCCCGGAGCCCGCCGACGGGGAGGGCGAGGAGCCCGAGUUCCUCCACCGACGCGCCAGGAGGGUGGGGUCGUUCGGCCGGCCCCCGCCGCCCGACCAUCCCGCCGACCCUCGCGGGGAGGCGCAGCGGUUCACCAGAGCGCGGCGGACCCAGACCCAGUGGGUGGCCAACCAGCCAGGCGUCGAGGGGGCCAUCUGA